AUGGCACUGCACGACGGGAGUUGAGAGAAUGAGUUGCAGGGACAGUGCUCUCUUUUAUCCACGACCUCGUUUGAGGUCAAAGAAGAAAGCAGGCAAUGGGAGUACACACUUGAAAGCUCAAACACGGGGAUACUAGACUUGAUUGACGAAGUCUUUAUUCUCAACUUAUGGCAGCUGGAUCCCACGUCUCUCUUGAGGGUUGGGAGCACCUGCCGAACCUUGUUUUGAGUUUGUUCCUGCAACUCACUCUGGACAAGACACUUACAGAUGUCGUUUGGAGUCCCGUUUGCCACCGCCAACUGCUCCAUCACAGCCAAGAGUGCCUUCUGUUUGAUCUUCAUGUGGAGAACUCUCUUCAGAAAUCUGCACUGUAACCGGUCACUCUAGGAGAAGCUGUUUGCAGAAUUCCCACCACACAAGUACUGGACCCAGUGGCUGGUUCUGGAGGAGAAUGUUCCUCUGCCCUCAGUGAGGCUGCCCUGCGCUGACAUAGAGAGCUUAUGGGGAAUUGAGAAGGAUGUGUUGGCAGGUCCAGUCCAAGAUGAUGAUGAUGAUGAGGGCAACAUGCUGAAGUUUGAAUGGAAGAAGCUGUAUGCUCUUGAGCAUCCUGGAAGUAUUGCCAAUGUUUUCCAGCAUCCUUUCUCCCUGCCUCUACCAGACCACUGCGAGCUGGAGACCAGGUUCAGUCAGUACACCCAGUAUCGGUUCCUGUGGCUCUUUACCUACUGGCUGUUCUGCCAGCCGUCAUCCUUCGACAGGCAGCUCAGGGCCAUCUACCUACAGUGAUGGAAGCACAGUAAGAGGACGGUGGCAUCCUGGGGAGGCACACUGUGUGACGUCCGCUACCUGGCCUCGCUCCACCACGACUACUGGAAGGGCAAGCUGGCCCGGGGUGACGGGACUGUGGGAAUUCAGACGGUGGAGAACUAUUUCUCCAUGUGCAAAUCAAUGGUGGCCUUAAUUUUAAGUGCAUUCCCGCUGAUACAGAUACUGUGCCUAUCGGCAUUUUGUCUGGUGGUGUACGAGGACACCCUGCAGGGCGUGUACCUGCUGCAGGAGACCCUUGUGGAGCACAAGUGGUUCUGGCAGGUAGCCAAGGUCCAGAUUGCCCGAGUGUGCACCCAAGAGACUGCCAUCAACUGGAAGAUAAUCGAGACACUGCCCUACUACAAGUAUUACAUAGUGUCAGGCAAUGCGGUGUACCUAGGGCGCAUGCAGGGCUUCCUCCAAAGGAAGAGGCUGGUCCAUCACUGGAUCUUCCUGGAGCAGAACUCCUGGGUCAGACGGGUGCUGCCUGACAACCUUUACCCUCUGCUGGAGUUUGACACCAAGAUCUCCCAAGGUACAGUAGAACCUCUGUUCUCCAGUUCCAUGCCAGCCCAGCUGAGCAGGGUGAUCUGGCUGUACCUCCACUCUGGACAGAAGCUCUACCUAGAGGUGUGUGCUCAGGCCAGUCUGGGUCACUACUGCAGACUCUCCCCUGGCCCUGGGCUCCCCAUGCAGCUCCAUCUCCACUAG